AUGAGGGCAUACGUACUGUUGUGGUCUUUCUUGAUAUCAUUAUGCUCAAUAAACUAUAAUGCCAACGUCUUUCCAGCCAAUGGCUAUUUGCUUGGCCAAGAGUGUUCCAUCUUGUUACAUUUGAAAAAUAACCUAAUAUUCAACCCUACAAUGUCCAAAAAGCUUACUCUUUGGAAUCGAAGUGAAGAUUGUUGCCAAUGGCAUGGGGUGACAUGCAACAAGGGCAUUGUGAUUGCCCUUGAUCUUAGUGAAGAGUCUAUCUCAGGAGGACUUGUAAAUUCAAGUGUUCUUUUCGAUCUUCAAAAUCUAGAAAGCUUGAAUUUGGCUUUCAAUAACUUCCGUUCAAUGAUUCCUUCAGAGUUAUACAAGUUGAAUAAUUUGAGAUAUUUGAACUUGUCUAAUGCUGGCUUUGAGGGGCAGAUUCCAUAUGAGAUUUCUCACCUCAAAAGGUUAGUAACUCUUGAUUUGUCUUCUACAUUUACCUCACAUCAUAGGCUGAAACUGGAGAAGCCAAAUAUUGCUAUGCUUUUGGAAAACCUUACGGAUAUCAUAGAAUUAUAUCUAGAUGGUGUAGAAAUAUAUGGCAAAGGACAAGAAUGGUGUCAUGCUUUAUCUUCAUUGCACAUGCUACGUGUUUUGAGCAUGUCAUCAUGCAAUCUCUCUGGACCUAUUGAUUCUUCAUUGGCAAAGCUUCUGUCACUCACCGUUCUAAAACUGAGCCAUAACAACAUGUCAAGCAUAGUGCCACAAUCCUUUGUAAAUUUCUCCAAUUUAGUCACACUACAACUUAGAAGUUGCGGCUUGAAUGGUUUCUUUCCAAAAGAUAUCUUCCAAAUACCAACCUUGAAGGUCCUUGACAUCUCAGACAAUAAAGAUCUUAGGGGUUCUUUGCCAAACUUUCAACCAAAUGGUUCUCUUCAUGACAUGAUUCUAAGCAAUACAAAUUUCUCAGGAAAGCUUCCAGGUGCAAUUUCCAAUUUAAAGCAGUUAUCUACAAUUGAUCUAUCUCAUUGCAAAUUUAAUGGAACACUUCCUAAUUCAAUGUCAGAACUCACCCAACUUGUUUAUCUGGAUUUGUCUUCUAAUAACUUUUCUGGUCCACUCCCUUCUUUUAAUAUGUCCAAAAAUAUGACAUAUUUAUCCCUCUUUAAUAAUCAUUUAAGUGGGGUGUUACCAUCAAGUCAUUUUGAAGGCCUUAAAAAUCUUGUCAGCAUUGAUUUAGGAUUUAACCUUUUCACUGGGAGUGUCCCUUCAUCUCUACUUAAACUCCCUUAUUUGAGAGAACUUAAACUUUCCUUUAAUCAACUCAAUGGUAUCUUGGAUGAGUUUGUGAUUGCCUCCCCUUUGUUAGAGAUGUUUGAUUUAGGGAGCAAUAAUUUGCAAGGGCCUAUACCUAUGUCUAUUUUUAAUCUUAGAACACUUCGUGUCAUUGAACUUAAAUCAAACAAGCUUAAUGGCACAAUACAAUUGGACAUGAUCCGUAGGCUGAGUAAUUUAACUACUUUAAGCCUCUCGCAUAACAAUUUGUCAGUUGAUAUAUACUCUAAAGAUGAUCGUGACUUGUCACCAUUUCCUGUUCUAAGAAAUCUAAUGUUGGCAUCUUGCAAGUUGAGAGGAAUCCCCAAUUUCUUGAGAAAUCAAUCCAAAUUACUACAUCUUGACCUAGCUAACAACGAGAUUGAAGGACCAAUACCUUAUUGGAUUUGGCAACUUGAAUAUCUUGUUAUCUUGAAUAUUUCAAAAAAUUUCCUAACAAAUUUGGAAGGAAAUGUUUCAAACUUGAAUUCAAACCUUUUGAUGGUUGAUCUUAGUUCCAACCAUUUGCAAGGGCCUUAUCCUUUCUUUCCAACGUUUGUAAAUUAUUUGGACUACUCAAAUAAUAGAUUCAACUCUGCCAUUCCACUUGACAUUGGAAAUCGUCUCCCUUUCAUAAUAUUGUUGUCUCUUUCAAAUAACAGUUUUCAAGGACAAAUCUCAGAAUCCUUUUGCAAUGCUUCAAGUCUUCGCUUGCUAGAUCUGUCUCACAAUAACUUUGUUGGAACGAUUCCCAAGUGUUUUGCUACGUUGAGUAGCACCUUAAGGGUGUUAAAUUUUGGUGGAAACAAACUUCAAGGUUAUAUUCCAAAUUCUCUCACAACUUCAUGUACUCUAAAGUUAUUGGAUGUAAAUGAUAAUCUUUUGGAGGGUACUAUUCCAAAAUCUUUAGCCAAUUGCCAGAAUCUGCAAGUCCUAAACCUUCGAAAAAAUUCAUUUUCUAGUGGAUUUCCGUGUUUCUUAAGUAAUAUUUCCACCUUGAGAAUCAUGGAUUUAAGAUUAAACAAACUUCACGGGUCAAUUAGAUGCCCUAGAAGUAGUGGUGAUUGGGAAAUGCUUCAUAUUGUUGAUCUAUCCUCUAAUAAUUUUAGUGGUGUGAUACCAAGGAUACUAUUGAAUAAUUGGAAAGCAAUGACGUAUGAUAAUGCCGAUGUUGAUCCAGAAUUUGGGCACUUAUUCAUUGAUAUCAUUGACCACUAUGAUCCCAAAAAUUAUGAAGAUUUAUUGUCACAUUUGGACAAAAAUAUUGUAGCAAAAUUAACUAAACUUGUUACAAACAUAUCUCGUUCCAUCCUUGACCAGGGAUCCUCUGAUGCUUAUGUAGUGGAUAUUUCUCGAUAUCAAAAUUCAAUUCUUAUUACCAACAAAGGUCAACAAAUGAAGUUGGACAGAAUCCAAAGGGCAUUCACUUAUGUGGAUAUGUCAAACAACCAUUUUGAGGGUCCAAUACCCAAUGAGCUAAUGCAGUUCAAGGCAAUGAAUGCUCUUAACUUGUCAAACAAUGCCCUCUCAGGUCAUAUCCCAUCAUCUAUUGGAAAUUUGAAGAAUCUUGAGUCUCUAGACUUAUCAAACAAUUCUUUCAAUGGAAAAAUUCCUACAGAGCUUGCAAGUCUAUCUUUCCUUGCAUAUUUGAAUCUCUCAUAUAAUCACUUGGUGGGGGAAAUUCCAAUGGGUACCCAAAUUCAAUCAUUUGAUGCUGAUUCCUUUGAAGGGAAUGAAGAGUUAUGUGGACCUCCAUUAACGCAUAAUUGCAACAAUGAUAAAGUGCCAACACAUGAAACACCUCAUUCACAUACUGAGAGUUCAAUUGAUUGGAAUUUAUUAAGUGCAGAGUUGGGAUUUAUUUUUGGCUUUGGAAUUUUCAUCCUCCCUCUUAUUUUCUGGAGUAGAUGGAGGUUGUGGUAUUCCAAACAAGUAGAAGAAAUGCUAUACAGGAUCAUCUCACGGCUUGAUUUUGCAUAUGAACACCGUGGAGGAAAGAGAUACAGAACUCUUAGGUGGAGGUACUGAAUUCUAAGUGUCAAAAUAAAGACUAAGCUCAUUAACCAUGUUGAACCCAAUGAUAAAGCAACAUAUAGUAAGUAGUUUCAAGAUGUUUUUAGUGGUU